AUGUCCGGCGAACCGCGGGAACCGCUGCACGACUCGGUGCUGCGAUCCGAGCCAGGUCUCCGAUCCGAGCCGGGUCUGCGACCUGAGCCGGGUCUGCGACCUGAGCCGGGUCUGCGACCUGAGCCGGGUCUGCGACCUGACCUGGCAGGACGGCUCGAACCGGUGGCCCAAAUAACACGGCUCGACCCGGUCGUGAGUGAGUCGGUCGUGAGUGAGUCGCGUAUGAGUGAGUCGGUGGAUAGCGAGUCGGUGAGCGAGGUACGGAGCGAGUUGAGAUCGAGUGAGCCGGGUGCCGUGGCGGGAUGCUCUUCGGUGGAGGAGGGCGUGUGUUCAUCGGAGGGGAAGGAGCCGUCGGCGCCGGUGGUUCGUGAGUUGAGAUUGUCGCGGCCUUCUUCGUCUUCGUGUACGCCUCCAUGUUCACCAACGCAGGGGCUGGUGUUUCCGGAUAUUGGUGGCGGGUCAUUCCUAUCAGUGAACGUAUUACAGAUGCGCGGGAACGGCCUAGGAAGUCUAAUGGUGCUGUACGAAUAUCUAAGCCUACGCAUUCUGCGUUUCCGAUGCCAACACAGCGCCCAAUGGUUUAUUGACCGAACCCCACGGGUCGUGAACGCCAAACACAUCGGUCAUGCCCCUUCCUGGUACGUCCGCCGCACUGUCCCCCAAGCCACACAAAAAAUGACCGCCGUCGAUUUCCAGCGACUCCUCGAACCGAACGAGGCAGUAGAUCUACGCACACAAUUACGUAAACACCUUCACGUGGAAGCCAUUCCUCGCCCUUCACCGAAGAAGAAGAAGACGGAGGCAACUGUUUCCCUGGAAACUGUGGCCGUGGAGCAAUUGCGGGAGGAACAGCAACUGCCGAAGGAAGAACUGCCGAAGGAAGAACUGCCGAAGGAAGAACUGCCGAAGGAAGAACUGCCGAAGGAAGAACUGCCGAAGGAAGAACUGCCACAGGAAGAACUGCCACAGGAAGAACUGCCACAGGAAGAACUGCCAAACGAAGCGUGUCUGCUAAGCGGCCCGACUGGGGUUGCUGCCGGAGACGAAGGCACCUUCAGUACUCCGAGUCAGGAGGUUGCCGUCAUCAUCGGAACAACCGAGACCAACACGGAGGACGAGGCCACCUGCUUGGCCAGUGUGCCAAACCAUCUCCCGACGGACGAGGGCCUGCGAUUGGUGGAGGAGGUCCGGAUGGAGGAGGAGAUCCGGAUGGAGGAGGAGGUCCGGAUGGAGGAGGACCUGCGAUCGGAGGAGAAGGUCGGGACGGAAGAGCAGCUCAAAGCGGAAGAAGAGUUGCGGACAGAGGACGCUCAGGAGGAGGAGGAGGUGGAGUUGUACCCGGAGAAGUUGCGGCGUUGGUACCUGGAUGGGUCGUUGGUAGGUGAGGGGCACCCAGCGCGUUUUGAAUGCUUCAAUCACAAGUUCAGUUACAUAACGCGGACUCACCUAUGGUGUUUGCGACCAGCCGUGGAAUGGCGGGGUGGCCGUAAUGGGGCUUUGGAGCGAUCGGUUGAGUUGAACGCGGAUGUGAUUAACGUGUGGUUAUCACUUCUGACGGAGCACUUUUCGACGGGCGGCGACUCAAGCGGGAACGUCGACCGAGGUGGAAAUCUGAACGACGCAUCGGCCUCGGAGGUUGGCGGAAAGAAGGCUAAGGAGGUUGGAGUGUUGUAUUUAUCUACCGACUUUAUUUCGGUGUUCGAGUUUGCUCUGGGUGUGUCAAACGCGAGUGCGCUACCACGUUCGGACACACGGAGCAUUUCGAAGUUGUUGCAUGGAGGUUUGUGGAGGUUGGGAGGUGUUUCACGAUUAUCGGUGGCUGCGUUAGAGAGUGGAGGUAGCAUGGAGAGUGCUUGCCAGAAGGUCUUUCGUUUCUUGCGACGUCGGGAUUUGAACCCAUGGUUGCAUCGAUAUGUUGUGUGGCCGGUGAAUUACAUGGUAUCGCAUUGGGUAUUGAUCGUGGUCGAUGUGGCAACACAGGAGCUUUAUUACCUCGACAGCUAUACGGACUGCUAUACGGACGCUUACCACCGCUACCUCAAAUCGCGGCCCAGCCUAUAUAGAGUGCAACAGGGACUUGACCCUAUCACCGAAGAUAACGCAGCAGCCUUCCCCGGCUGGCUCCACCUGUACUGCGUAGAAGAAUACAUGAAAUUCGACUAUCGCCAAAGAUUCACUCAGCCAUCGGGACACGGCUCUGCCACUGGCCGCAACUCUGGCCCUGCCCCUGGCUCUGCCGACAACGACCCUGAUUCGGCCGGGCACGACCCUGAUUCGGCCGGGACGGGACGGAACUCUCUCACUAAACACAGUUCUGACACCAAACAGGACUCUGACACUAAUCAGAAUUCUGGCGCUAUUCCAAUGCUUAAAGACGUGUGGCCGCGGUACCUGGUUCGAGGUUUGCCACAGCAGUCUUUGACUUCGCUGGACUGUGGUGUGUACAUCGCACAGUUUGCGCGCUGCCUCGGGCUCUACAAGUCACCGACGGUGUUCGAUUUUGGCAACGACGAUAUGCCUGCCAUGCGCGACGCCAUGGCUUGCUGCAUCGGCUCCGGGUCCAUCUUCAGCUGCCCACAAGAAAUAUGCGUAUUGACAAACGCACUGGACUUGGUCAAAGAACACCACUCGAACAACAACUCCCAGUUGCUUGAAGCAAGCAAAAACCUGACCAAUAACACCAACCUGGAUGACAACGUGGACGGUCUCAGCGCUGAUAUCUUAGCCACUAAUGUCUUGGCUGGGGAUGAUGAGGUCGGAAAGGAGCGGCGACUUUCGGGCACGAUCGCAGAGAGUGAGUCGAAAACAGUCUCCGUGGAUGAUGACGUCUCUGCCAUCGGCGAGAUUAUUUUGUUGGACAGAGAAGCGCUGGAGGUUUGUGUACAGAAGGAGGGUUGUGCUUGGGAAGGGCAAAGAAGCCCGGAGGGAACUAGCUCAGAACGAAUGACUCCCGAACAGAGAGCCUCUAAACAAAUCACCCCCGAGGUGCUGAUUGAGAAUAGCAGCUCAUCAGAACAAGCCCACAAUCCACCUAGCUGA